AUGAAGCUCCUGAACCUUGUCUGUGGGUUGCUCUGCGUCUCCUCUGCGGGUGCUUUCAAGAGAACCACCAGGCCCAGACCUAUACUUCCCAGGUCUGUGGUCAAGAGGUCUGUGGCUGACCAGCCGUUACCGCACCCGGAGCCACCAAAGCCGGCCUCUCGCUUUCUGCGUGACAAGACCAACCCUUUCGCUGUCAACGGCACCGGAUUACCUGAUGUCCCUUUUGACAUCGGCGAAUCGUAUGCCGGACUGCUUCCUAUUUCCGAUAACCCCAACGAGACGCGCCAGCUUUUCUUCUGGUUCUUCCCUUCAACGGCUGAAGAAACACCUGAAGAGAUUACCAUUUGGCUCAAUGGCGGACCUGGUUGCUCAUCACUUUCCGGUUUCUUCACAGAGAAUGGCGUCUUCACCUGGGAAGAUGGCACGCUCGCCCCUGUCCAGAACCCCUACGCAUGGACAAAUCUGACCAACAUGCUGUGGGUUGAGCAGCCUGUUGGCGUUGGCUACUCCCAGGGCGUGCCCGACAUCAGCAAUGAAGUUGAGCUUGCCGCCGAGUUCAAAGGUUUCUACAAGAAUUUUGUCGACACUUUCCAGACAAAUGACUGGAAGACCUAUAUCACAGGAGAGUCGUAUGCCGGCUACUACAUCCCAUACAUUGCGGAUGGGUUCAUUUCGGCCAAUGACACAGAAUACUUUAACUUGGCGGGCGUCUCAAUCAACGACCCCCUCAUGGGAGACGAAACCCUCCAGCAGCAAGUCGUUGCCAUGCCUUACGCCGAGUACUGGCAGAACCUCAUGUCCUUGAACGACACGUUCCUUAAACAGGCUCAGGACCGUCACAAAUCUUGCAACUACUCCUCCUACCUCGACACGUAUUUCAAGUUCCCGCCGCCGCAAGAGCCCUUCCCCCUCCUGCCUGACCCCUACGACUCCGAAACCGCCGAAUGCGAUAUGUUUGACAACAUCUUCGGUGCCGCCCUGGAAGUCAACCCCUGCUUCAACAUUUACCACAUCACCGACACCUGCCCGAUACCAUACGCUCACCUCGGAAUAGUAAACCAAGGCGAUUACUCUCCUCCUGGCACGGAAGUCUAUUUCAACCGCACCGAUGUCAAAAAAGCCUUGCACGCCCCCCUCGAUUCCAACUGGAUGCAAUGCACCAACAUCAAUGUCUUUGGCAAGGGCAACGAUAGCAGCGAUGCGGGCGACGAUUCCAUCGACCCUGUUGCCGGCGGUGUUCUGCAGCGAGUCAUUGAACAUACCAACAACACCAUAAUUGGCUCCGGUGAUCUAGACAUGCUUCUCAACACGAACGGCACCCUCCUCGUCAUCCAGAACAUGACCUGGAACGGCGCGAAGGGGCUAUCCGAAUACCCUAAGAAGCUUCUUUACGCACCAUAUCAUCCAGAGUACAACAAGGGCGCUAUGGCCGGUGCCGGACUGCAGGGCGUGUGGACCUCCGAGCGCGGAUUAACCUUCUAUACUUCUCGCCUUGCCGGCCACGAGUUACCCGGGUAUACCCCGGGCGUCGCAUACCGCAUGCUUGAGAUCCUACUCGGAAAGGUGAAGGAUUUUAGCAGCAUCGAGAACUUCACGACCCAGAAGGGUAAUUUUACUGGUGCAGGAACUAUAUACUAG